UUCGUUUGGCGAGCCCAAGCAAAAUACGGUCUGCUGGUCGUGUUGAAGUGUGGUUCAAUGAUACAUGGGGAACCAUUUGUGACAACUCAUGGAACUUACAAGACGCUUCAGUCGUUUGUCAUCAGCUUGGAUACGAUGGAGCUUUAUCCGCUCCCGGUGAUGCAGCAUUUGGACAAGGAACUGGCCAGAUAUGGCUGGAUGACGUUAGAUGUGGAGGAGAUGAGAAAGACAUAGUGCAGUGCAAUCACGGUGGAUGGGGAGUUCACAACUGUGGACAUAACGAAGACGCUGGUGUGGUUUGCCGCCCUUCAGCUAUUCGUCUGGUUAAUUCCUUCAAUUCGUCAAGUUCUGGUCGUGUCGAAGUGCUGUACAAAGGUGUAUGGGGAACCGUUUGUGGCGACUCUUGGGACUUGCAGGACGCUGCUGUAGUUUGUCGCCAACUUGGAUUGGAAGGAGCUUUAGCAGCAUUUCGUGCGUCAGAAUUUGGACCAAGAAUAGGUCAGAUAUGGUUGGACGAAGUGCAAUGUGGGGGAGACGAGUCAUCGAUAUCAGAGUGUGUUCACAGAGAAUGGGGAGAUCACGACUGUUCGCAUUAUUACACCGCUGGCGUAGUAUGCCGACCCAGAAUUCGUCUGGUGAGCCCCAGCAAUUCACUGUCUUCUGGUCGUGUUGAAGUGUGGUACAAUGGUACAUGGGGAACCAUUUGUGACGACUCUUGGGACUUACAGGACGAUAUUGCUGAUACAGAUAUUCGUUUGGUGAGUCCCAACAAUUCAACUUCUUCUGGUCGUGUUGAAGUGUUGCACAUGGGUACCUGGGGAACCAUUUGUGGUCAUUCAUGGGACCUACGGGAUGCUAAUGUGGUUUGUCGUCAGCUCGGAUACGAUGGAGCUUUAUCAGCGCCUAGAUAUGCAGCAUUUGGACAAGGAACUGGCCAGAUAUGGCUUGACGAUGUGCAGUGUGUAGGAGAUGAAAUCGCAAUAUCGGACUGUUAUCACAGAGGAUGGAAUGUCCACAACUGUGGGCAUCAUAGUGACGUUGGCGUUGUGUGCCGACCCAAAGUUCGUUUGGUGAACCCCAGCAAUUCACUGUCUACUGGUCGUGUUGAAGUGCUGUAUAAUGGUACAUGGGGAACCAUCUGUGACAACUCAUGGGACUUACAGGACGCUGAUGUGGUUUGUCGACAGCUUGGAUACGAAGGAGCGUUAUCAGCACCUGGUGGUGCAGCAUUUGGACAAGGAACUGGUCAGAUAUGGCUGGUUGAUGUUAAAUGCAUCGGAAACGAGACAUUGAUAGCUCAGUGCAAUCACGGAGGAUGGGGACUUCACAACUGUGGGCAUCAUGAAGACGUUGGUGUGGUAUGUCGCCAUCUAAAAGUUCGUUUGGUGAGUCCCACUGAUUCACCAUCUUCUGGACGUGUUGAAGUGCAGUAUAGUGGUACAUGGGGAACAAUUUGUGGAUACAGUUGGGACCUACAGGAUGCAGAUGUAGUUUGUCGCCAGCUUGGGUACGAUGGCGCUCUAUCAGCACCAAUUCGGUUUGAAUUUGUAGGAAGAAAAGGUCCCGUAUGGCUGAACAGGAUGCAGUGUGAAGGAAAUGAGACAUCAGUUUCACAAUGCAGUCAUGCAGGAUGGGGAGAAGUUUAUUCUGACUGUUGGUAUUAUCAUGCUGGUGUGGUGUGCCGUCCGCCAAAAGUCGAAGCUCAAGUUCAAGCCUUACAUUGUCCAAGCUCAGUAACUGAGGGCAGUAGCGUAAAUCUUCAGUGUAAUGCUACUGGUAACCCUUCUCCAAACAUCACAUGGAUAUGGCAAGAUACAGGAAUUGUUCUUGGCAGUAAUGAUCGUCUUGUUCUGGUGGAUGUACAUCGCAGCCAUACGGGGAUUUAUCAGUGCCAUGCAUGGAAUGGAAUUGGCAAUAGCUCGAUCAGUACAUGUUACUUGGAUGUAUUUUACUUGCCGACUGGUACACGAAUGACAUCUGACGGGAAUGAUACUGUCGUUUUAGCUGGAGGUAGUUUGUUCCUUAACUGCACCUCAGAGGCUAACCCUGCGGUUCAUGUGUUUCAGUUGAUAUUCGAUAGUAACCGCGUCGCCACCAGCAGCUCUGGGAUGUUUAGCGUUACUGUGAGGAAAGCUGGAAUAUACACUUGUAUCCCUGUAAAUGAAGUGGGCUCAGGAGACAGUGCCACAGUCAAAGUAACUGUUCUCGAUUCUCCUGGUUUUCCAGAAUUUGUAAACAACACCGUUGACACGAUAACUAUAAGGUGGUCAGCAAUUAAUCUUCAAUCUGCUACAUAUACCGUAAAUAUAAGACCUGAAGAAGAAACAGCGUGGAUGAAUGCAACUUGUAAACAGACUAUUUGGCAGAAUCAUUGCACAGUGACAGGCACAGUUGCUGAGGUUGUUGGCCUCGAAGAGGACUCUGGGUAUCAUUUUAGAGUCUAUGCUAACUACAGAGGUGUUAAAGGUGACGCCAGUUUACCGUCAGGAGCCUUCAGAACAGCAGGUGAUGUUGGAUUUUGUGGUUCUAUGAAUCGUUGCCGCGAGUGAAAGUUGUUCUUCAGUGUAAUGUACUCAGUUUGGAUGAGGGAGAAAAUAUAUGCUUUCAUUAGAGAUAUAUUUUUGGGAAGAGGUAGUUAAAAUGGAGCAUUCGGAUAUUGGAAUGCUCUGUUUUUACUUCUAUUUCUAUAAUUUGUAAUACGUAUUUGCUAAUGCAAUGAAAAGGUAAUUAGCAAUACUAACAGGCCCAACAAAUGAGCCCGACAAGGCGUAAAGAUAUAAAGAAAUACCCAUGAAGUGGUUUUUUCUUUAUCAUCAUCAGUCAAAUUAUAUCUUUAUUGUGUGCAACAAGAACAACACAAUAAAGAUAAAUUACGACUCCAUAGUUACCUCAGCCUUUUUGUUUACUUAAGGUAUACGUUUUACCUUAUUUAGGCAUCUCAGGCGUGCUUGCUUUACCAUUUGCACUUAAAGUAGCAAGUGCUGGUAAUGGUUCAACCUAACGCAAAUAACGUCUUUCCUGUGUGUGAUUGAUUGUCGAAAAUAAGGGGACCAUUGGCUGCUCUACACGAGCUUGGAGUUUUCUCUUUCAGGUUUACUCUUUUGUUUGUCAGCACUGGCUUAUCUGAUGUUGUAGCAGAUACCUAGGUGCGUUUUCGAUGAAUUUGAGUGGUAGGCGUACCGUUUUGGAGCACUUUAAGGCUGAAAUGUCCACCAACGUUUGUUUUGUUUGUAGACCGGACUGACGUUAAGCCCUCCUUACUGACAAAGGAUAAUGAGCUACCACGAUACAUGAAACAAGAUG